CUCCGGGUUAACCGUUCCCUCUGCUGUCGUUCCCUCAGAGGCGCUUCAUCCACCGACGCUCCCCGUACACCUGUCCCUCCCUCUCUGCUACUUUGUUUUAUUAAACACAUAUACAGAAAAACAAAAAUGGCAAGCAGCUUCUCUAGAAUCCUGUCCUCCAAACAGAGAAUCGGGAUCCUGUCGUUGGUCGGUGGCUCGGUAACGGCUGGAUAUCUGCUCCAGCGGGAACAUGUCAGUGCCGGACUGCCUGUCCGCCGGAGCUACCCCGCCAGUGCGGAGUACCCUGACCUGCGCAAACACAACAACUGCAUGGCCUCUCACCUGACACCGGCCAUCUAUGCCAAGCUGUGCGAUAAGGCCACUCCCAACGGGUACACACUGGACAUGGCCAUUCAGACGGGCGUGGACAACCCCGGGCACCCCUUCAUCAAGACUGUUGGCAUGGUGGCAGGAGACGAGGAAUCCUACGAGGUGUUUUCAGACCUGCUGGACCCUGUCAUCAGGGAGAGGCACAACGGCUACGACCCGCACACCAUGAAGCACCCCACCGACCUGGAUGCCAGCAAGAUCCACUCGGGCAACUUUGACUCGCGUUACGUGCUGUCGUCCAGGGUGAGGACGGGCCGCAGUAUCCGAGGGUUGAGCCUGCCACCCGCCUGCACUCGGGCGGAGCGCAGGGAGGUGGAGAGGGUGGUGGUGGACGCACUCGCCGGCCUGAAGGACGACCUGGCCGGGAAGUACUACAGUCUCACCCAGAUGACAGACAGCGACCAGCAGCAGCUCAUUGAUGACCACUUCCUGUUUGACAAGCCUGUGUCCCCCCUCCUGACGUGCGCAGGCAUGGCUCGUGAUUGGCCCGACGCCCGUGGUAUCUGGCACAACAACGAGAAGACAUUCCUGGUUUGGGUUAAUGAGGAGGAUCACACCAGGGUCAUCUCCAUGGAGAAGGGAGGGAACAUGAAGAGAGUCUUUGAGAGGUUCUGCAAAGGCCUCAAGGAGGUGGAGCGUCUCAUCCAGGAGAGAGGCUGGGAGUUCAUGUGGAACGAGAAGCUGGGCUACGUCCUCACCUGCCCCUCUAACCUGGGCACAGGGCUCAGGGCCGGCGUCCACGUCAAACUGCCCCUGAUGAGCAAGGAUCCCCGACUCAAUAAGAUCCUGGACAACCUGCGUCUGCAGAAGCGAGGGACCGGGGGCGUGGACACCGCAGCUGUGGGCGGCGUGUUCGACAUCUCCAACCUGGACCGCCUGGGACUGUCUGAGGUCCACCUGGUGCAGACGGUGGUGGAUGGCGUCAACUACCUAAUCGAGUGUGAGAAGAGACUGGAGAAAGGCCAGGACAUCAAGGUGCCCCCACCCCUUAAACAAUUCAAGUAGACCCCCCCCCCCCACCACAAACCUCUGGGCACACACACAUGCACAAACUCCCCGCUCUGUUCCCAUAGAUAUGAUAAAUAUCUAUGUAAUUCCCUCAUUUACUACUUCUCCAUACACCCCUCCCUCCCCCACCGUUCCCCUCUCCGUAAUAUAAUCUCCAUAUAUUAUACCAGAGUCCCAGAAUUCUGCAUUUGGCUUCAGUGUGUUUCAGGGUUUUAAUAUUAAACUCAAAUCCAAACUUGGCUCUGAAACGGCAGCAAACAUUAACGAAGGAUGCACAAACUGUAAGCUGCUGUAUAGGAGCAAAGAUGGCCGCCAGUUUGCCCGUCUCUGCAUGGCCAAACACUAUCUACGGCUUCCAAAGCACUCCUCAGCCCCCCUAACCUGGCUUUACCUCGCCUCAGUCCCUUCCUGCCGCAUGUUAUACUCCUGUUAUAUAUAUAUAUAUAUACAUAUAUAUAUAUAUAUAUAUGUGUGUGUAUAUACAGCCUGUCUCUUCCCCUCAUUCAUGUGUGUUGAUUGCUCUUCCCUAUUAUCUGGUGCUUGUAUAAAUCCAUCCAUUUGUGUUCUUACUUUCCAUCGUGGAUUGUGUUUGUUUUCACCAUUUGAAGUGGAUUUGAAUGUAGAUUAACGUAAUGUAGAUCAGCGUAAGACUGAAGAGAGUCGAGUUCUCCAGAGGAUUUGCACAUUUGGUGACACACUGGUGUCAAAAUGUAAUGUUGUAACACACACUGGCCGGGCUGGGUUCUGUACUGUAAGCUACUGAAGCAAUAUCAUUGCAGCUGAAUGUCACACUAUAAUGUCUUUUAUUAAAGAAAUCAUCUAUUUAACAGAA